AGAACGAUUUGAGGUGCCGAAACCGAGCUACAACAAAAUGAAUCUCGUAUGUGCGACGAGGUUAAGUAAAGCGAUCUCGAACAUCUUACGAUUUGUGAUCUCUGACGAGCUGUCACUCUUGUCACGAUCUGAUAAAUGUGGUCACAAUGACGAGCUGCUUGAAGAACAGAGCACCAGACCGGAGGAAGAAAAGGAGGGGGUUAUUUCUAUAGAGCCUAUCGCGAUAAUAGUGCCGCUAGCCUUGCAGGACUUGCCGGAAAGGAAAACGCCUGAGAGCAGCGCCAGUGCCAGCGCUGGGGACGACGGUGGCGACCACCACGCUUCACCGUCCAGUAGUUCGUCCUCUGAAGAGACACCCAGCCGCGAGGAAAAGACGGGGAAUGUGGUUGGCAAUGAACCAGAUCUGCCCGUGGUUGGAGAAUGGGAAAAUAGGGUAAUCACGGGUAUAUUGAGCAACCUAUGCAAGGCGCCCAAAGAAUUGCCUUCUGGUUUUAGGUUCAGGGCGGCGCUUCACCAUGAAGUGGUAGACAACGCGCCUUCAAUAAGUGGGUAUAAGAAACUAGAGGAGAUGAGGCGCGAAGUGGUAUUACCUCUCUGGGAGGGAAAAGAGCCAGCUCUUAAAAAACGUGAGAACAAAGUGGCGAGGUGGAAGAGGCAGUUCAUCUUUGUUCGUGAUACACAAACAGAAAGAAUAAACAACGACCUCGCUGCUCGGCUCUCUGAAUGGUGCGUGCCAAACGCGCAUGUAAACUACCCCCAACUUUUGCCUCGAGAUACGGACCUGAAGAAUCAGUUGCUAGAGUAUGCGAGGAGGGAGAACUUAAUAGAUUUAGAAGCCUUAGUUACCUCGGAGCAGCUCGCAGUGUUCGGGUUUGUCGACGUGGCAAACCAAUUCACAGAAGGAGAAAUGAGCAGCAUUUUGGAAAGGCAGCGUCAACGAGCACAAGGCUCGAGGAACCGUGGAGCUGGGUUCGGUUCCCAACGUCAAACUCAUUUUGAUGAGCGGCCACAUGCUGCACCAGGGCGCAGUUCAUUGCACCGAAGUUCGAGCUCGGCACCAAGACCAUGUGCCGAGCAGAGAGUUGAAACUGCGCCCUCCAAUUCAAGAAGGCGCGCACAAGAGGACUUAGACAUUGAGGAUAACAUUCCCCUCAUUCGGCGAAGGACGACGGGGCCUAGAAUUGCAUAUCCGGAUGGCUUCAACUACGUUAGAACUGACUGCCAGGCUGCUAUGGUGCAGGGUAUGCAGAGCUUCGUGCCUCCUGCAGAUCGGCAACGUGCUAAGGGGCACGUCCAGCAGCAUGGAGGUCAUGCUGCUCUUCUAAAGCUAAUGGAUGCGUUCAGCUACACUGUCGCACUCUUCAAGUGCAAGCAGGGAGCGCGGAGCUUGGAGAUGGAGAACCGAACGGCGUCAGUUGAAAGCCGAGCUGAUGAGUUGGCCCGCAAGGUCAACGAGCUGAGGGAAGAGCUUGAAAAAGCUCAAGCAAAGAAGGAGAGCGGCAUUCAGGCUGCAAAGGAGGAGGUCGACCGUGCAGAAGACCAAGCCAAGAAGGCAGAGUCUGACAGAGAGAAGACUCUGCACAAGCUGAAUGCCUUGAAAGAGAGGGUCUCAAAAGCUGAUCUACACGUCGCCCGGGUUGAGGCAUUCUUGGAGAAGAGCAAGAGGCUCCACCAGCGCGACGUCUGCUUUGCCCGUGCAUUAGGGGCUGAGUGGCUGGUGGGAGCAGAUAUGGGCGAGGAGAUUGAUGAAGAAGGGAAGAGCCUCGCCCUCCCAACUGACACUCGGGUGAGGCUGAAAUGGGAACUCAACGAAGAGGGGUUGCCCGUGUGGCCCCCUUCUGUUGUUGAAGAGGGGGAAGACACUGAGGGGUUGCCAAGCUUUGAUGCUUGGGUGGUAGACCCCCAGGAUGUGCUUGUUGAGCCUUCCAGCACUCCCCCAUCUUCUCAGCCCGCCUCGGCCGCUGCUCCUGCUUUCUCUCCUCCACAUCGGUCAUCUGCGGUGCCUACUGACGCAUCCAUCCCCGUCGACUUGACAGAUUGAUUAGCUUAGGAUUUUUGUUGUUUCUUUUGUAUUAUUUUUGUAUUUUUGUGUAAAUCAAUGAACUCAUUCAACAUGUACUUCGAAUGUAAAAAUCAUUGAUGAAAUACAAAUUUGAAUCCUUU